AUGGGAGUUGAUUACAAUGGUGGUUAUGGUGGUGCAUACGGAGGCGGUAACGGUUUGGGUGUUGGUUUGGGUGUUGGUUUGGGUGUUGGAAACGGAGGCGGUUACGGUUUUGGUGGUGAUUCCGAUUAUGGAUACGGAGGCGGUUAUGGUGCGGGAGGUGGUUUCGGUGGUGAAUUUGGCGUUAGUUCGGUUGGACGUGUUGGAGGUAAUCGGCAAUGCAAGUGUGAGAAGAAAUGCAGCAGAGGGAAAAGGUGGCUGAUAAGGUCUUCUGGCGCUAACAAAAAAAGAGGAUACGGCUACUGGGGCGGUAACGGAAGAGGAUACGGUGGAGGAUUCGGUGGUGAUGGAUACGGGGGAAGCUACAACGGUGGAGGAUAUGGUGGAGAUAAUGAUGGUGGAUACGGGGGAAGCUACGGUGGAGACGACAGUGGUCGAUAUGUUGGAGGUUAUAAUGGUGGAUACGGACAAGGCUACGGUGGAGACGACAGUGGUAGAUAUGGUGAAGGUUAUGAUGGUGGAUACGGACAAGGCUUCGGUGGACAAUACGGCGGUCGAAACGGAGGCUUUGGUGGAGAGCUAAGCUCUGCAGGUUUAGGUGGCAGACGGUUUGGCGGCUUCAAAGGCAAGAUGGGGUGUUAUGGUAAACACUGCGCCUUUGGCGGAGGCAGUGGUGGUUUCCUAGGUGGCUACGGUGGUGGAAUUGGCGGUGGAUUCGGGUCUGGCAACGGAGGUGAUUACGGUGUGGGAGUUGAUUACAAUGGUGGUUAUGGUGGUGCAUACGGAGGCGGUUACGGUUUGGGUGUUGGUUUGGGUGUUGGAAACGGAGGCGGUUACGGUUUUGGUGGUGAUUCCGAUUAUGGAUACGGAGGCGGUUAUGGUUCGGGAGGUGGUUUCGGUGGUGAAUUUGGCGUUAGUUCGGUUGGACGUGUUGGAGGUAAUCGGCAAUGCAAGUGUGAGAAGAAAUGCAGCAGAGGGAAUAAGGUACGCUGGCCCAUGCCCCUGGUGUCAGAAGAGAUGUCAACUAGUGUAUUGUUGUUAUCGGGGCAAGUUCUAGAUCCAUGA